UCUUCGUUUCAGGUAUCUCUUAGCUAUUUUUUUUUUCUCGAUCCACCUCCUUCUUCUUCUUCUCUUCCGCUCUGUCUCUCUUCUUUCUUUUUCUCGGGCCGGGAAACAAAAAGAGAGAUCAUGCAAAGGGAGAUCAGGGAUUCCCUUGUGGUGGGAAGGGUGGUGGGAGAUGUGGUGGAUCCCUUCACGAGAAGCGUGGCUCUCAGGGUCAUCUACAACUCCCGGGAGGUUACCAAUGGAUGCGAGAUGAAGCCUUCAGCCGUGGCCGAGGAGCCGAGGGUUGAGGUCGUAGGAACUGAUCUCGACAACCUUUACACACUCAUCAUGGUAGAUCCGGAUGCUCCGAGUCCGAGCGAACCUGCCCUGAGAGAAUAUUUGCACUGGUUGGUCACGGAUAUCCCUUCAACGGCUCGGGCAACUUCGGGUGAGGAGAUAGUGAGGUACGAGAGUCCACGGCCCCAUCUGGGGAUUCACCGGUAUGUUUUUGUGCUAUUCCAGCAGGUGAGUGUGGUGCAAACAACGGUGUUCGCGCCGGGAUGGCGCCAGAACUUCAACACCAGGGACUUCGCCGAGCUCUACAACCUCGGUUUGCCGGUCGCCGCUGUCUACUUCAACUGUCAAAGGGAGUCCGGUAGCGGUGGAAGGAGGAUGCUGUAGCUUAAUUGCUUGCGUGCUAACGAUUAUAUGAACCGGCGUAGCCUAGCUGCAAUAAUUAUGAGGUACGCAACGUUCGUGGAUCAAUUGCAUGCAUGCAGCCAUUUCUUCCGAUUUGACAUAUAGAUCUGUAGUCGUGAAACAUUAUUUGAUUGCGGUUUUGUUUGUUUGCUAUAUUAUGAAUGAUUGAUUCUUAGACAAAUUGGAUUAGUUGUUUACUAGCAUGUUUAAUGCUUACAUAAUUUAAUCUGUAUAUUAUAUAAUUAUAAGCUUAGUUGAGUAAGCUACUUUCGACUUGAUUAA